AUGCAUACCACUUUGCUGAGUUUGUUCGCGUUUACUGCCCUCUCUACAGCACGACCAAAUGUAUACUUCAUCCGACAUGGCGAAAAGCCUCAACAUGGCGGUAUAGGUCUGAGUGAUGAUGGUCUCGAACGAGCAGAGUGUAUUCGUGAUAUAUUUGGGAGCCAUUCAGGUUACGAUAUUGGAUAUAUUAUGGCUCAAAAGCCAAAGAAGAGCGGAAAGCGAAACCGACCGUACGAAACAGUGAGACCGCUCGCCGAAGACCUGGACAUCAAAGUCGAUAUAUCCUGCAACCGAGACGAUCCAAAAUGCGUCAAGAAGAGGAUCAAGAAGUACAAGGGGGAAGGCAAUAUUCUAAUUUGCUGGGAACACCAUCGAAUGACAGAUCUGGUAGAAGCGCUUGGGAAUGAAGAUGCUCCAGAAUAUCCCGAUGACCGGUUCGAUUUAAUCUGGACUAUUUCCUACCCUUAUAAUGAUAUUACGGAGAUAGUCAGCGAGAAAUGUCCUGGGCUGGAUUGA